GCUCCUUGCUCGUGGCCCAGCCUCUGACUGAAGAUUGGGCCAAACCUGUUGCUUUAAUCGACCUAAAAUCUAGUUUACUCAGGCUUUGAACUUUCCCUGACAUAGCUGAAUCUGCGCAGAUUUUUCUAAACCAGACGCUGUUCAGAUGCCUGUCAACAACCAAGCCCGGCUCCCCCGAGAGCCGCCCAGCACACAGAACCGUCAGGCCGCGCCGGGCCUGCUGGCACCGGCAGGUCCACACCACAGCGGGAGGCCGCGGCACGCCAUGCGCUCUGCGGGCAACAGCCGGAGAGUGCCCACCGCGGGCGGCUGGGCCACGCGGAACGCUGCGGCUGUGCCUCACGACGGGCGGGGCGACUUCCGCGGGACACGGCACGGCUUCCGGAAGAGGUGGGAUCGGUGGGUCCGGGUACGGUUCUCGGUUCUGCUCGGCUCCGCGCCCUCGACCGUCGCCAUGGCCCGCAAGAAGCUGCACCGGCCCAUCGCCGCCAUGGCCAAGAAGAUCCGCGAGUAUCGGGCGCUGAAGGAUCGGCCGCGAGACUCUCAGCGCUUCUCCGUGGACUACGAGACCAUGCGGCGACCGCUGACGCAGAAGCGGCUGCCCGUGCGGGCCUGGGAGGACGUGCGGAACGAGAACCGGCUGUUCGCGCUGCUCUGCCGCCUGCCGCGCUUCGGCGUGGGCCGCACCGUAACCCGCAAGUCCUGGCUGUGGGCGCACGACGAGCCCUGCUACUGGGUCAUCACCAAGGUGAAGGCGGACUACAUGGCCGAGAACAUGGACCAUGGAAGAGCCUGGGGCUACCUGACUUUCAAAGGUAAAACUGAAGAGAAAGUGAGGGAGAUUGACAAAGCCAUGUACCACGAUUGGCGUAUGGUGCCGAAACACGAGGAGGAGGCCUUCAAGAAAUUCACCCCAGUGCCUGAGGAGACUGUUCAUUUCCUGCCCUACCCACCACUGCUCCGAGCCAUGAUCCUUGCACAGUGGCAGAAGGAGGGAAAACCAAUCAUGGAGCCAAUUAUUGAUCUCGAGAAGGUGCUGGCCUCUCCCCAAGAUCAGGCAAAGAAAAAAGCUGCAGGGACACUAGUAUAAAGACUUGUUAUGUGUUCUGAGCAUCCCAUGUGCUCUCGCUGCCUGUUAGAAGCCCAGUGCAUAAGGGGUCUUAGAGAGUCCCUCUGUGCUCAUUAUGGUGGUAUGUUUCCAGCUUUCUCCUCAGCCCUCUACAGUCACCUCAUCUGAAAGGGAAGCUGCAGAUAGACUCCUCUUCCAUAACUUUGAUUUCAGUCAGCAAAAUUGAUUCCUUGGAUAGUCUCUAAAUACACAGCUCCAGUCAGCCAGCUGCAGUUCUUUGGAGCAUAAAAUUUUUUACACAACUUGGGUCCUGCGUGAAUCACACAAAAAUUACUGUGAAUAUCACAGUAUUUCACAGAGCUGUGAAAAAAUGUAUCUGCAAAUGGAAAUAAAAGUUUUCUUAAUUUUGCAGCACAGUUCUAAGAAAA